CGGCCAUGGAGAAGAAGAAGAAGCUGGGCACCACCCCCUCCCACUACACGACAGUGCCGAAGAAACUGAGCGGUCAGGAAAAAGAAAGCGAGGCAGCCCGGCUUUCACAAAUUUACAGACACAGGACAUCAAGCCAUGAUGUUUCUGGCUUUGAGCCAGGAGAUGAAGAUUCUGCCACAGAUUUAACAAAAAGUGAGUUCUUGGCAUUCAAGGCUAGCUUUUCAAGACCGAAGUAUGCCAACACAUAUAGAAUGGAACCGUACAGAACAUUUGAGGCUCACAUAAUAAGGAAGAAAGCUGAAGAAAUCCUAAAGAAUAUACUUCAGGACUACCAAUAUGAUGGGUCUAAUGCGGCUGCAAAGUGUCUAAUCCUCUCAGAAGAUAUAUUAGCAGCAGUCAAGGAUCAAGACUUUGACCGUUACAAGUAUAUAGUCCAAGUGUUUAUGGUUGAAAAGUCUGGCCAGUCAAUUCAUAUUGCCAGUAGAUGGGUCUGGGAUGCCACAAGGGACAACUGGGUUUCAGCACUAUAUGAAACUGAGAACUAUGUUACAGUGGCUUUGAUAAUUGCUGCUUAUUAUGAGUAACCUCCUGAAAACAAAUAUACUGUAAUUCCUAUUAUUCUAUAAAAUAAUAUCGUUUAUUUGCUGAAAUAGAUGCUGUGGCAGUUCCCUCCCCCCGAAACUAUGCUAUUUGAAUUAAA